CGCCUGACCCCGGGCAUCUCGCGACGGAGGACAAAAUCUGCGCGGAACCCCGUUAGUUUACGCUUCUUCUGGGUAAUGGAACUGGAUAAAAUGGACGAGAAUGACUGGAAAUAUCACGGGGAAGGCAACAAGAGUUUGGUUGUGUCUCAUUCGCAGCAUUGCCGAGUUCUGCGUCUGUUGAAGUUUCCUUCUGAAGAUUCCGCGCAUACACGACAGACUGCAGAACAAGCUUUUCGGCACAUCCUCAACAUUGUGGAUUAUAGCAAAUAUGUCAUGAAGCCUUUGCUUGGGGAGAAAUACGUUCACAGUGGAGAGGUCGUCAAGCUACCAUUGGAUUUUGUGAGACAGCUGUCACUGAAAGUCCAGCAAGAACGACCUGAACUGCGCUGUGACAAGGUCAUGGACACAUUCAGUGGGUAUGGCUUAUGUCUUCCCAACCUCACCCAGCUCCACCACCACCUCACUGACCACAGACCGCCUAUUUGCGUCGAGAUUAAGCCAAAAUGUGGAUUUCUACCCUGUUCAAGACACAUUACUAAGGAAUGCAAGAGCAAAGUAUGCAGAUUCUGCUUGUAUCAGCAUUUCAAGUUAGCUAAUGGAAAAUGGAAGCGACUCAGCAGAUAUUGCCCCCUGGAUCUCUUUUCAGGGAGCAAACAGCGAAUGUAUGUUGCAAUGAAGAACUUGUUAGAGGAACCUCAAAACAACUUGAAAAUCUUUAAGGGUGGAGAGUUGAUAUAUAGCUGUAAAGACGACGCCAAGCAGCAGCCCGACUUGAACGAUCUCAUUCAGCACCUUCGGCCUUAUUUCCCUCACAGUAACAGCCACUAUAACAGCCACCAGCCUGGCAAAGCUGUCCUCAACGAGUUCAUCCAGGUCAUCUGCUCCGCCCUGCUGAGCGGCGGGGACUCGAAUAGAUCGGGAGAACCGAGAAAGAUGCACCUGUCCGAGAGCAGACCGCACUGCGAGGCCAGUCCAUUCCCUCGAGAUCUGCUCCGCAACGGUAACCACGGUCUCCCUAAAGACAGUGUUCUUGCAAAAAUCCUCCAUGUUCAGAUGUUGGAUAACCUGGAUAUUGAAGGAGUCUACCCAAUGUACAAACGAGUGGAACAAUAUCUGGAAGAGUUCCCUAAAGAGAGGAACAGACUUCAGAUAGACGGCCCUUAUAAUGAGAGUUUCAUGGACAAAGUGAAAAACUGUCCCACUGAGGAUGACGGCUCUGUAGAAUAUGCAGCUGGGAAGGUUCAUCAGUAUAGAGUCGCAAUGACCGCCAAAGACUGCUCCAUCAUGAUCACGUUUGCACCUUGUGGGGAAAACGAGGAAAACCAGCCGAAUCUGGACAUCCAACCGGCGAAGCCUCGUUUUACGUAUUCGGUCUCCAUCUUGGAUCUGGACCCCAAGCCAUACGAAGGCAUUCCUCACCAGUACAAGCUGGACACCAAAAUCGUCAACUACUAUUUGCGGAGCACACAGGCUCCACCCUCCCCCAGCCUGUAUAAAGAGAGGAAGGAGUGCACGCUGCUUUUCCACGCUGUAUGAUACACCUCCGAGAUUGCUGCUUUUCAUCCAAGCGUCGGAAAUGUGAAAAGUGAAGUUUAGGUUGAAAAAGAGAUACUGUUUUGGUUGUAUUAGUUGUUUGCCCUCCCUUCGUUUACGGCUCCUGCUUUGUUGUACUGUGACGUUGGCGGCGACAACGGCGUUCAUGGCUGUUGCCGGGGUGACCUGAUGUUUUUCAUUUUGUAGGGGAUGUUCCCACUGGGGCUGGUCUCCUAAAGCACAAAACACCUGAAAGAGCCGGUCAUUGACUGUAAUAGGUAGGACAGCGUGUGUUUGUGCAGUGCUGUUGGUGUUUCUUGCACAUACGGCAGCACUACUGUGGUAUCCAAGUGACAAAAGUGGCUUACAACAAUUUUUCCUUAAUUCAUUUUUUACAGUGCAUCCGCUUGGCCGUGUCGUCAGCCACUGUACAGGGAGUUUGGAAACCGAACAGUUCACCCAGAAAUCAAUAUUCUGUCAUCAUUUACUCCAUCUUCAUGUCAUUCCAAAUCCAUUUGGCUUUUUCUUCUUUUGGCGCAUUCUUGAAUGAAUCGUAUAAAAUGGCCAAAAUGAUUCGUUCACAAAUAAGGUUAAUCGGUUUAACUUACUGACUCCAUUAUCUGGUUGGAACGGUUAAUAGCCCACAAGAAAUUUCAGUGAGUUCCUUGCCUAAAAUUAUCGGAUGACUCCAACAGAUUUGGAAUAUAAAGGACGAGACAUUUGGACCACUUUAAUGAUACAUAAUGGUGCUAUUUUUGUCAUUUUGUAGCUUGAUAGCCUCGGUCGCCAUUUACUUUCAGUUGCCAAAAUUGUACCUUUUGUGCUGUGAGUAAAUAAUCAAUUGAUUUACUUAUUUUUUUGGGUGAACUAUCCAUUUAAAUUAGGCCACGUCCAAACUAACGUCAUCGUUUUCAAACGAUGCGUUUAUGGCGUGCAUUUUUGGUGAAGGAAAACUUCCCGAGUGGUUGACGAGAGGCGCUAACGUAGCGAAUUUGAUGCGUUUUCAAACUAAAACGAAAUAGUUGGAAGUGGUCUUCCACUUCUGCUCUGUUACAAGCCUAAAGCUUUGAAACGACUGUCCUGGGCGAGUUACACUGAUAAGCACAGACCUGUUGCAUGUUAGUGAACGUGGUUAUGCUAACACUCACUACCCAUAAGAUUAGAUUUUAUACCUUCGGUUAUAAAGCUGUCUAACAAUGUUAUUAGCUAAUGGGGUAUUACUGUAACGUGCGCUUGGCUGGCAUAGGUGUUUCCGCCAAAUACAAAUCGAAGUGUCUUAUUGAAGCCAGUCCAUCAUUACAACAGCUGAGUUUUAUCCCAUGUGAUGGUUCACAAAGACAUUUUUGAUUUGUUACAUUUCAGAUUUGUUAUCCAGCACAUUUUCAAUAGUGAAAACUGCCUUUUCAGUGCAGCACUAUAUUGCGAUGGCACUGCUGAUUUAACUUAACUUUAACUGUUUUGCAUGACACAGAUUCCAUCGCCAGCGUCCAAGUUUGGCACCUUCGACCGAAACGCAACCACAGCGGGACGGUUCACACCUAUUUUAAUGUGCAACUUUAACACUAAAGAUGGCACCUCGCGGUCGCCAUUCACCGUCAUGGGGAAUAUUACUGUUACAAAAUACUGUGGUGUAAGCUCCAUUCAAUUGAAUCCGAGUCUGCCGAUUGGAUGGUCUCAUGCUUCCGUUGACCUCUUUUAAGGGAAUAGUUCAUGUAAAAACGAUGAUUUUCUCAUUAGUUACUCAUCCUCAUGUCAGAUGUUUUGAAGAAUGAUCAUUUUAGCUUACAAGUCCUAUGAACUGCUUAACUUUUUUAAAUCUGCUGAAAAUAUAACAGCACAUUGCUUAGUAGCAACAUGAAGGGGGAUAAUAUUGAGGCGAUUUUCAUUUUUAGUUGAGCUAUUCCUUUAAAUUGUUGCCGACAGCAUUGGCGCGCUCAACUAAGAAACGUCAAUGCGGUUACCAUCAGGCGAAUAGUGUUUUACAUGUAUGAAUAUUCAAUAUUGCCAAACUGUGUUCACACUUCCCAUUUGUCUUAAUGUGAUUUCGAACUGGUGUCAAGGAAAGAACUGUUCGCCUAUUCUCGAGCGUAAACGCUUUCGUUGUUUCAACGAAUGCGUUUAUCUGACCGUCGCUCAGUUUUGAAGUGUUACCCUGCUGUAUUAUGAAAGCGCACAACAAAAUGUAAUCAUCUUAAUCAGUAUUUGUGUCUUGUAUGCCUGUAGAAAUAUCAAAACGUUGAUAAAACGAUGAAUUUACUCAAGAAGCAAAAUUUCAUUCGUUUUCGUCAAUUUGCCAAUGUGGUUAAAAGAGUUCAAUUUAAGAUUUAUUAUCUAACAAUUUUGCUUCUUAGAUAAAUGUAUCUUGUUUUAAAGGACGUUCAGAUAUUUUAACCCCCCCCUCCCCAUCAAAAUACAGGUUAAGAAGUUAGUUUUGGCCAUGUGCAUUUUCUCCACACCAACGUUUUCAACUUAAGAAAAUAAGCAACUCUGGCUACAUAUUUUUGACUUGACCUUUGUUUUAAAACGUCUUUCCCUCUUAUGUACCGAUACGACACCAGAUAAGUUAUUAAUCUGAGGGGGCGACAUUGUGUUACUCUGACUAACUAAAGAUCUAUAAUCACGAUCUUGUUAGAAACGGACAUUAAUUCUCUUAUUAAACAAGGAAAAUCUAAUGUUAACUAUUUGAAAAUGCAAAGUGCAUUUUGCUGUCAGACAUUUUGUAUUUUAAAUUAUUUAUUUUUUUAGCUCUUGUCUAAUGAUGUAUAUUUCCACAACGUGUGGGCAAAUGAUUGACAUGUGCAGGUGGCAAAAAUAUGUAGUUCUUAACAGGUGAUUGAACAGGUGUUUAUAUGAAAUAAAAUGAUUAGAUAUGAAACUUGUGUGGCGUUGAUUUGGGUUUUAUGACUUCUUACAGACACACAGUUCUUAUCAAGCCUUCGAAUGACGCCGAUAGCCGUUUUCCCUCACUUUAUUUGUGUCCAUCUCUCGAGCUGUUCAAAUGUAAUCAAUGUAUAUAUUUGAGUUAAGCGACUGUUUUACUACUAUCAGUCUUCCAGAAUGUUGUCAUUGAGAUCCUAAUAAACAUACAGUCAUUUGACUUGAUUUACAUUUCAUUCCUGCUAAUAAUACUGUCAUUAUCAUUGCCGUUUAUUUAACUUUUGCUCUGAGCUGAUGCUACCUACCCAGGAAGUUUAGGACUUUUAGGAUCAUGAGUUCCGACCUACUUCCCUCUGGAAGGCUCGCCUCGUCUGGACACUUCUCCUGCCAAACAAACCCCUCGUAUUAAAAGGAUUGACGUUCAUUACAUCUUGACCAGCAACAACAUGCUUCCAAUACAAGGGAUGAUCGUGAAACAAACCAGCUGCCGUAUGAGCAUCAUGGGUUUAGAUUUCAGGGAUGAUGUAAUUGUUAGUGGAAUUACAUAACAAUGGCAAUAUUACCUUGAGUCAUAGUCUAAGACUUCCUGAAAUUAUGUAUUUGUUUAAAAGAGGGUCUUCCCUGUGCACUGUGUAUGCCGGAUGAAAUGUUGCAGUCUUAAUAUUCCAGUCUUUAGGGCUUUGAACCGCAGAAGAGAAACGGAUUAAACAGAUCCAUUUAAUUAUAAGAGGGGUAAAAACUUGACGUCUUUUGUAGAAACCACUAAGUAAUACAGUUAGAGUUUUAGUGUUAGACUGCAAUAAUACUUGAUAUACAACAUCCAAUAUACAGAGGCAAG